AUGACCAGACCGGAGUGGCAAGCUGAUCUCGAGGAGAAUGGGUACGCCGUCGUGAGAAAUGUUAUACCGAAGCAAGCAUGUGACGACUUUGUCGAGUCGUCGCUGAAAUGGCUGGAAACGUUCCCGCAUGGCUUCAAGCGAGAUGAUCGAAGCACGUGGAAGACUGAACAUCUUCCUUGGGGUCAGAAAGGCGGACUGUACAAUCGCUAUGGUGUGAAUCACGAAUCUUUCGUAUGGAAGAUCAGGACAGAACCCGGUGUGCUCAAGGUCUUCGAACAGGUCUGGGGCACGGACGAUCUUAUCGCUUCAUUCGACGGACUCAACAUCACUCUGCCUGUAAACGCCAAGACUGGCCGGACGGACAUUGAGAAGACUUCACCAUGGCCUCAUAUCGAUCAGAACCCACGCAAAGUCGACCGCUUCGAACUCUACCAAGGUAUCGCAAACAUGGCUCCGAACGGGCCUGAAGACGGCGGACUCGUUGUCCUGGCUGGCUCACAUAAGCUUCAUCAGAAGCAUUUCGAUCAAAUUGGCGGCUUCCGACCCGAAUGUGAUCAAGGUGCCAGUCAGAAUGGCUAUGACUUUAGCGAUACAGACGCAGAUUGGUACCGCAAGCAAGGCUGUAAGGAAGUGAAGAUCUGUGCUGGUGCUGGUGAUUUGAUCCUCUGGGACAGUCGAACAAUCCACUGGAAUGCCAGUCCCGUCGGUUCGCAAAUUCGGUUCAUCUCCUAUGUCUGCUACUGCCCCAGAACUUUCGCAUCAGAUCAAGUGCUCAAGGAGAAGCUGGAAGUGUUCCAACAACGGAAGGGCACCACUCACUGGCCUAACAUGAACGUCAUCCCAUCCGAUCGAACAGACUACCACUACGCUCAACCGAGACGGCCGGACGACUCGAUCGAUCCAGCUAAUCGGGAUAGACCAUUCGUGGAGCCAGAAGAGAAUGCGUCGGUCAUGCGGCUAGUUGGUGUUCGUGCGUAA